GUUGAAACGGUACCGUCAUGUCGCGGGGUUCGGACUGAGGUGUUUAGUUUAGCGGGACUCAUUUUCUACGAGUUGCUGACUGCGCACCCAGCUCAUUUGCCUAUCGAUAUGCAGUGAACAGUUGGUUUGGCGUACUUGGCGGCUUCCCAUCAUUGGCCAGGUACUUGUUUUGAAAGAGGCGCUCAGAUGGAGAGUACAGAAAGUAGACUUAUCCCGGACAACUCGUGUCAUGAAUUAAGCCGUUUGAUGCGGUGUGUGGUUCUAUGAAACAGGAUGUUAAACCUGGAUAUGUGAGUCACUAUUAUAAGGGCUCUAUCCAAGCAUUGGGGACGGGGGCUGGCCUUUUGUCCCGUUUGCCUGCGAAGUCGUUGAAGAUGAGUCCUGCGAACCAUGUGUAUUCUGCUUUCGCAUUCUUCGGAUUUAUCUUACCGGGCAUUUUGCUACCAAUGCAUUUCCGAGCGAGGAACAUCGGUACAUGUCUUUAUAUCGCGUGGACGAGCUUGCUUUGCCUCGUUGGAUUCUUGAAUUCGAUUUUAUGGAAUGACAACGUCACUAAUAGGGCACCAGUAUGGUGUGAUAUAUCCAGUCGUCUAUUGAUUGGUGGUCGCGUCGCUGUACCGGCAGCUUCAGUAUGUAUUGUCCGCCGAUUACACCUUGCUACCAGCGCAUGCUCUGGGCCAAUUCGGAACAAUACAAAGCAAUGGCGAGGUAUUGUUGUCGACCUUUCGAUUGUGAUGGGAAUACCAAUAUUAUCUAUCAUUUUAGCAUAUAUUCCUCAGUAUCAACGGUUCUUCAUCUUCGAAGAGGUGGGUUGCUAUUUCGCUAUAGCGAAUGUCACACCUGCCUUUCCACUGUUUGUAAUGUGGCCAGCUGUAAUCGGACUCGUCCUAAUUUUCUACAUGGGCCUGGUCAUUCGUACCAUUAUACGAAGAAAGGCAAAUUUUCAAGAGCUCUUAGGAGAAAAUAACAAUCAUCUUAUCUGGGAUCAGUCUCAUUACUGGCGACUUCUGACUCUCGUUGUCAUCGUAUUCCUAUGUUCAUUCCCUCCAGGUAUAUAUGACAUCAUUCAAGACGCAACUUUGGAUAUGGUGCAGCCAUGGGUAGGAUGGGACGUCAUACAUGCCAAUAUUUCUGAAGUAGUACAGUACACCUCUGCCGAAAUGCGGUCGAUUCCUAGGCUUUCAUCAACUCUACAGUGGGCACGGUGGUGUUAUGUAGUGUAUGCUCUCACGUUCUUUACGUUCUUUGCUUUUACGGAAGAGGCUAGGAGGAGGUAUCGUAAUGCCUUCCUCUAUGUUACUAAAAGCACAAGCGACGUGUACUCCAGAAACUCUAGGAAAAUGCAAAAGCGCCUCGAGUCCUUUUACAGCGGAGAGUCUUCAUCAAGCAACACUCAAAAGCAUAAACCUACACUUCAUCUUCAUGUCCUUACAUCGCGCACAUCCGCCGGAAGUUUAGGCAGCUCACCGUGUGAUUUGAAUGGUGUUCGGUAUAGCCCCACCAAAAGGGAGGUGCUUGGUUCUAUACCAGGGUCAACUGGAUCUCCUGUUCAAGGCGACGAGGAUUUAGAAAUUGCGCCUCUAUCGGAGAUUACAUACCAGGAACCUAUCCAAAUGGUUUCAUCGGUUUUGAGUUAGCGCUGAGUGUGGGCUCAUUACGAACAAGACGUCUGUGUAUACAUGGUUGACCAAACUAAAACAUCAUGAUCUGGGAUAUUUGUAUUGCAGAGUCUA